AUGAUCGAUGUUGGAUUCCUCACCGAAGCAGUCUCGACUUCCCGACAAAUCAAACUUACUGAGCUUUCUGAAAUGCUCGGAGUCCACAGGAACACAUUACGACGUUAUAUGAAGCGCUAUGGAGUUGAAAGAAAAUACUCGAACCUUACUAACAUCGACCUUGAUCUUCUCAUCACCGAGUUCAAGAAAAAGCGGCCUGAUUCAGGUAUAAGGUGCAUCAUUGGUUUUCUCCGCAGGCAUGGACUGCGAGUGUAG